AUGUCUCAUUCGUCAUAUGCGCAUACAGUCAGCGACCCCACCGACAUUGUCAAUAAACUGCGUGAACAGAUAGGUCCCGUGAAGCAGAAUGUGCAAACAGCGUUUGGUAAACGCAUGGAAGAGUGCCUUUCUGACUUGGAGGCCAAAGAUGCAGCAGCCCGAGCAAAUGACCCUAAUGUAUCACUACAACAUCGACUAACUGCCUCCAAAAUGCUUGUUAGCGCGGCUUAUGUAUACUUGGAUAUGAUUUGGAUGUAUCUUAAGACCAAGGGGAUUGAUCCUAGCACGCAUCCCGUGCAUGCAGAACUCGAACGCGUGCAUGCAUACUUUGACAAACUUAAAAAGGUUGGUCCACCGGACCUUGAUAAGCAAUCCAAUCGACUCCGUGUAGAUGCAGAUGCCUCAAAGCGUAUGGUGCAUGCUGCUACAAAGCUGGGCAAACACACUAGGUUCGACGAGCAAGACUCGGAAAAACAAGCUCAAGAGGAGGAUAGCGCUACAUUGACCAAAAAGUCAAAGAAACGCACCACUGGAAAAGCCAAGAAGACAAACUAA